AUGGUGACCAGGAAUUUGGUCCUGGCGCCUUGGAGAGUCUUUGGACUGUGGGAGGAAACCUAUGCAAUUGUGGGGAGGACAUUUAGUCCUGAGUUGGAUUCUAACCUGGAGACUUCCCGACCCCCUGCCCUGUGCGAAACUGAUGCAUCUUCUGCUGUAAAAACCAAGCGAUCUGCGCCAAAAACCUCUAAUCUCAUUGUGCUUGGCUUACCAUGGAAAACAACAGAGCAGGAUCUAAAGGACUACUUCAGCACCUACGGGGAACUCAUUAAGGCCCAGGUUAAAAAAGAUGCCCACACCGGCAGUUCCAGAGGUUUUGGCUUCAUAAGGUUUACGGAAUAUGAAACCCAAGUGAAGGUGAUGUCCCUGCGUCACAAGAUAGAUGGAAGAUGGUGCCGUUGUAGGCUGGCUAAUUCCACGCAAAGCUUGGAUGAACCUGUGUGCAGCCAUAAGGUAUAUGUUGGCCGGUGCACUGAGGAUAUGACAGCGGAGGAGCUUCGCCAUUUCUUCACGCAGUACGGGGAGGUUGUAGAUGUGUUUGUCCCAAAGCCAUUUAGAGCGUUUGCCUUUGUGACCUUUGCCGAUGAGCAGGUUGCCAAGUCUUUGUGUGGAGAAGAUGUGAUUAUCAAAGGAUUAUGUGUUCACGUAUCGGCAGCUAAACACAAUAGAAAGAGCCCUUUGGAGAGCGGUGGCAGAAUCUUUGGGAAUUGGGGAUAUCCUAAUAACAGGCCAAACAAUGGAGGCCUUGCGCACAACCAGCCUAAUGACAUGGGGGAUGGUGGUGGCAUGAACUUUAGGCCAUUCAGCAUUUACCCUACAAUGAUGGCUGCUGCUCCGGCAGCCGUACAGAGCAGCUGGGGGAUGAUGGGUAUGCUUGCUAGUCAGCAGAAUCAGCCUGGUCCACAGGGUAUCAAUCAGUGGCAAGGGAAUCAGCCAAGAGACCGGCCACAGAGUUUUGGCUCAGGUAGUAAUUCUCAUGGCUCGAACUCUGCUAUAGGCUGGGGUUCUCCUAAUGGUGGCUACUGGGUUCAUUGGGGGCUUUAG